UUGAAUAAACUUUAUUUAUGGAGAAUGAUGAUAGAGAAGAGUGCUAGUUCUAUUUAUACAUUGGCCACAUUUCAGAUUGAGAUGACAUAAAUUGAAGUGGUCUUCAACAUCACAGAGCUCCCAAAAUCUCACAAUUAAAAAUAAAUGGAAGAUCAACAAGGACAACAACAGCAACAACAACAACAACAGUUCCAGCAACCUCUGGUUGUGUAUCCAUCUACUUCUUCUUCAACACCUUCCUCUUAUGCGCCACCUUCGUCAUCUGGUUCAAGUGGCUCAUUCGGUACAGCUUUCAUAGUUAUAGCUGCGAUCCUUAUCUUAGCAGCACUGGCUUGUGUUUUUGGAAGGCUAUGCAACCGCGGUCCCAAAGAACACAAAAACAAGAACAAAGCAUCAAAGCAUGAGAAGCCGUCGUCAAAGAAGAGCCGUGAGAUCAGACCUGUGGAGCGUGAGCCAAGAGAGAGAGGUGAUGAUUUGGAGUUUGGGUUUGAUAUAAAGCGUCCUGGUCCAACGAGCAAACCUUCUGGCCCUAUGAGCAAACCAUCUGGUCGAAACGGUGGAGACAUUGAGUUUGGGUUUGAUAACAAGAGAGGAGGAGGAGGAGGAAAGAAAGGACCACUUCCGUUUAUUAAACAUGGAGUAAGGUUCCAGUGACUGGAAAAAUGGAGGUUGGCUUCAGACACGGUGGUUCAUGCCUCAAGCACCGGUCAGGAGAAUGCUUUAAAUAAGACAAGAGACUUACUCAAGCUUGUUUUUAGCUUUAUCUAUUUUUCUUGUUUAUUUUCUGUUUGUAGUGUUUCUUGUUUUGGGUCUAUUGGUUUUGUUUCAUAUAAGUAUGGAACUUUGGACAUUAAGUUAUAUAUGAAAUCAAGAUGAUAAGUAACAUAGAACAGGGUCAAUCUGUAAAAGAUGUUACAUAUCAGAAGAUAUAAUUCUUCAUUA